AUGACGACCUCCUCAAAUCGUGACCAUUUUUUCCAGACCUCUGCUGCGCUGGAUGAGCAGCAGCGGAAAGACGCCAAAUCACAGAACACCAAUGGCAACCCCAUCAGACUACAGAGCAAGAUCUUGGCCGUUCGUGCAGAUCCAUCACGUCCUGGGUCCAUCUAUGUCGCCCAGAGCAGUGGUAUAGUGAGGAGGAUCGUCCUGGAGACAGGAGAGACCACCGCUAUAUUCAAAGGCCCUGCGGCUCCAUUGACAAGUCUUUGUCUCAGCCCUGAUGGGAAGCUGUUGUUUGCCGGCUGCUGGGACAAGACCGUGUGGAGCUGGAAUGUAGCCUCGGCAGAACCCCGGCAGAGAUAUGAGGGCCAUAGCGAUUUUGUGAAAUCAGUGGUUAGCGCCAGACUUCAAGGGCAAGAUCUGCUGAUCACCGGUGGCGCGGAUGCUCAAGUCUUAGUUUUCAAUCUUUCGACUGGCCAGCGAACCGAGACCUUUAAGGGCCAUGCCCGAGGUAUCCAGGACCUCAAUGUUGACCCCGAGGUCGAAGACGCCCAGGCUAUCGUGUUUAGUGCGGGCAGUGACCGAGAAAUCCGCCAAUUCAAGAUCUUCGGUGGUGGAGACGACGGAGAACCCCUUCUCCCGCAUGACACUAGUGUAUACAAGCUCUUUUUCGAUCAGGACGGUGAUCUUUGGACUGCUUCUGCAGAUAAGACGGCCAAGUGUCUUGUGCGUGCGGACGGGUGGAAGCCCAAUCUCAGUCUGGAGCACCCCGAUUUUGUGCGAGACGUUUUGGUUUACGAGGCGGGCGGCUGGGUUGUGACGGCCUGUCGCGAUGAGGAAGUUCGAGUGUGGAACAGAUCUACUGGGGAACUGCACCACACCUUCUCAGGCCAUUUCGAAGAAGUUACUGGGCUUGUUCUGGUUGGAUCGACCGUCGUUAGCGUGGCCAUCGAUGGAACAGUCCGCCAAUGGUCUUUGCGACCAAGCGACCUGCAAAAGGCUGUGGAAUUGGCCCAGAAAAGCCCGGCUGAAGAGCCCGAACCCAAGGCGGAGACAAUGCUCACAGAGGAAGAAGAGCGUGAGCUGGCCGAGUUGAUGGGCGAUGAUAAGACGAUUGAUUGA